CAAUUCAGGUGUCAAUGUCUGCACGCUGCAAUACAUGGUUUUAUUUGUUAUUAUGUAAAAUUGCAUUCACUUCCUAGUUUAAGCAUUUAUAUUUACGUAAUAUCAGUUUGUUGGAUAAAGGGAAUGAUAUUGGAUAUUGACCUUGAAAGUGUUGAACUUCAAUAGAUGAAACCUAUCUAGUUUAACCAAAAAAAAAACAAAAAACUAAUGUAAUGCGAUUAUUUGUUUGAUACAUUUGUAAACAAAUGAACUUAACGGUAAUAUGUCGGCAUAGUUCACCUUUAAUGAAUGAUUCAAGAUAAUCGUACAUUUUACUUCCGGCUGCAGUUACCGAUAUGAUCGUGAUGGGAUAAACGACGUUAAACUAAACAGCUCGUAAUAAUGUUUAACGUGUUUGUGUUUUGUCUUAUUAUUUUGUGUACGUGUGUUCAUUUCUGUGUAUAUGGAUUAUGUACAAGCUCGUGUCACUGUUCCGGAUAUACAAUGCUCUGUAAAAAUGGAGGGAUACCUACAGACAUACCAUCUGAUGUAACGGAACUAUUCAUUGAACAGUUUGAUUUUGAUCAACUCUAUAGAAAUAAGUUCAAAAAUGUGUCAAAUAUACAAAUACUCGAUAUUCAAGCAGACCAUGGGAAGUCUAUUCCUUCAAAAAGUUUUGAUCAGUUUAUCAAUUUAACAUAUCUUGGCUUACAUGGGAAAUAUAUAAUAACUAUAAGCCCAGAUGCCUUUCUAGGACUGAACAACUGUUUGACACUAAAUUUAUCAUCUAAUCCUAGACUUCACAUUUCUGAAAUAAGUAGCUCCAUAAAUUCAGAAAACAGAGGAAAACAUAAGAAAAUUUUGCCAGCGUUGCUGUCAUUAAGUGUAGCUAAGAUCCAAACGUCCUCUUCAUAUCCAGUGGAUCUUAAUGACUACUUCUUUAAAUCAAUAACUUUCGGUAGAAAGCUUAAGUAUUUAGAUUUUUCUGACCUUAACAUACGUAUGCUUGAUUUCAAUUAUUAUAAGACAUUGUGUAAGUCUGUAGAGUAUGUGGAUUUGAGAAAGUCGGUUAUUGGAAAUAUUAAACAAAAUUAUGUGGAAGUUGAGGCAUGUGAAAGCAUAAGGACGUUUGAUUUGUUCGAGGAAAUGGCUGAUACAGAAGCUGAGUGAUGACAGCAUACUUGCAAAUCACACCAUGCAAAUAUCAGGACAGCAUUAACAAAUACAGCAAAUUAAACAAUGAUCAAAACCGCCAGAUAUCCGAUAUUCUAUUAUAAUAAUAUAAAUCAACAAAUACAAAAAAAAAAAAUAAUAAUAAUAAAAUUAAAAAAUUCUCCUCGGUUGUCUUCAACCCUGACCAUUCAUCGACUUCUGUUACAGUUAGUAGUCCCUGAAGCUCAACAAUUGUCCCAAAUAACUUUCAAAUGUGCUGCACUCAAGAUGGACCUUCAAGCCGAGGAUAACCAGUUCUUAAUUUCCAUCGUGAGAGGCCAUUUAAAAGGCCCAAGUGUAUUUCCGAUAGUGACAGCGAGUAAGCCGAUCGACUUAUAAAAAAAUGGCAGACAUUCAUACAGAUGGUAAUCAUACUAUGGAGCAUUUGAUUUCUAAGAUGUCGGCAGACACGCACAUGUUAUUUAGUUCAUUGAAGAAACGCAUGGACACAUUAGAGACUGGUCUCGCUUCAAAAAUUUCUCAAAUUCUUGACAAACGGGUAAAUUCUGAAAUGUCUAAAAUAAGAAAAGACGUGGAUGCCAGUAUUAGUGCUUUUAGUGACACUAUUCGAGCUGAUGUUAAUUCUGAAAUUGACAAAUUGACCGAAAAGGUAGAUAAUCUUGUGUCUCGGCCCGAGGGAAGAGCAAAAGCGAGUGACAUUACUCUAAACAUUGUUAUUCGGGACUUACUGGAAUUGAUGAGAGAGACCACUUCUACGAGAGUGAACUCACUAAUAAGAGACGAUCAGCUGCGCUAGUGCCGUACGGUCAAGUCACAUGAGGACAAAAGGCGGGUGAUGAUGGAUGAAUGGCGAGUAACAGCAUGGUUUGACUUUGAAAGGUAAUCGAGUUGUGAGAAAGGAUAGUUCAGGUGUUGACCGGUCGAGAUUGAAUGACAGGUCGGGAUUCCCUGUCCGGACGAGAAGGAAUAAGGCAAUCAGGUCAGAUCGGGUUCCCCUGCUCAGU